GUUAUCUGAAAUACACCAGGUUAAAAUGGCGGCUGCGAACGGCGGUGGAAACCCGCAAACCGGUCCAGGAUUGAACCGCUUGAGCUGGAGUAAAGGGGCCUUGGCGGUAGCAGCCCGGGACAGUCCGGAUCCUUACCGCUCCGGUAUCUGCUAUGCUCUCCUCUACCUGGUGGUGUCGGCCCGUAUGGGGCUUUGCCGAGACUGCGACAAGACGCCGUGUAUCUACGGGAGAUGUGUUAAUGGGAGCUGCAUCUGUGACCAAGGAUGGGUCGGCGAACAGUGUCAGCACUGCGGGGGUAGAUUCAAUGAACAAGAAUUUUGCUGUUAUUGCUAUCGUGUAAACAGCUCUCAGGACAGUCACACGUUAUAUUUUAUUGCAAUCCUUCAUCUUCAAACUAAGUUUACGCCUAUUAAUGUAUAAGACCGACUGUAGACAUCGGAGUUCAGGCCUGUGCGAUGUACGAAAUAAUGACAGGAAGCCUUGAAAUAACACUUGAGACCUUCUGAAUGUUGGAAUGUUAACUAUCUUGCUGCACUUUGUCUUUAUAUUUAUUGUCGUUAUAUUUGUUGUUGCAUAACUGCAAAGUUUAUUGUUUUUUUUUCUCGGAAUCGCCAUUUCAUUUCAGACUUGGUAACGUCAAGUUCCUCCUGUAGAUGUAGCAUGCAAAUUAAAACAUUGCAAGUGAUCAGUUCACCUAAAACUCAUCCCCUUUAAAUCUAGCACAAAGCUUUCACAUCUCU